UCAGUAUUUUUUGAAAAGAAACGGGCCUUUCAAAAAAUCGGAAAAGGAAGAUUGAAUGGGUAAUUAAUAAAAGUUUUUAUUAAUUUGAUAUUCUUCUCCUCUGAUCUCAUCUCAUCCCACUCCCGCGUUCCCAGCCACAUCCCCCACAUCUCCAAACUUCAAGACUACGAGAACAAGAAGAAGAACAAACAAGCAAAAUAAUGGCGACGGAUAUUUCGACCCGGGUCAGUAUCCGCUGGCUACCAGACGAUGCGUCGGAACCGACUGAUACGUUGGUGUAUACGGUGGGAGCGUAUUUCGUGGAUCUGAGGGUGUUGAAGGAGGAUGGGAGUAUUGAGUGGGGAUUUGCGGGGACGAGGGAGGUGGUGGGGAGGGAGCCUUUAAAAUGCCGCUGGAUACACACGCUCGAUUCCCACGGCAGCAACACACCGGAUGAAGGAGUGCUCACUCCCCUGCCCAACGGCGACACGCUCGAAACCGGAACCAUGCCCUGCCCGCACAAAAACAACAUCCCCACAGCCUACGAAGAGAUCUGGCACACGCUGCCUCCCCUCCCCGGGCCCCCACACGCCUGGAUCCUGGAAUCUGUGGAUGGGAAAUCGUUUCUGGGACGGAUUGCGGGCGGGUUCUUGGCGUUGGGGGAGGGAGAGGAGGGGUUUGGGGCCAGGAGGGAGGAGUGGGAUGCGGAGGGGGGCAGGUGGAGGGGAAGAUAUAGCAUUGGUGAUGUGAAGGAUUUAUUUAGUUUUGAGAUGUUGGGGAGGGAGAUGCUGGAUGGGGAGGCGGGGUGGAGGGCUGGGAUGGAGGUGGGGAUUGGGGGGAGGGAGUAUGUGGUUAGGGCCUUUGAGAAGCUGGAGUAAGGUAGCUAGGGAGCUGAUAGUUGGGUAGUUGGUGUUGGGAUUUAUCCUUCUGUUUACUGUAUGUACAGAUGGUGCUUCGAGUAAGCGGUUCAUGCAG